AUGGCAACUUCUCAGCUUCCCAAUCAUGGCGGGUCCAACCAUGGACUCCCAGACCACGAAGACACAUUCUCUUCUACUGAUGCGACAUCAUUGUCGGAGAAGGAGCAAAUCUCGUCCACCAACCGCCCUGAUCCAGACGUGGAACGAGGUAUCCCUAUAAUUGACACCACGGAAGACGCCGACGAAAAGUCACCGCCACUCACCGUUGCCGAUAAGGACCCCAAUAUCGUUGACUGGGACGGCCCGACGGACCCAGAGAAAGCUCUCAACUGGACGGAGAAGAAGAAAUGGGCGAACAUCGCUGUCAUAUCUUCUGUCACAUUUCUAACGCCGUUGGCAUCGUCCAUGGUCGCACCCGCUGUACCCUUGAUCAUGGACGAGUUUCACUCGACCGAUUCGACUAUUGCGAGUUUCAUUGUGUCCAUCUACGUCUUGGGCUACGCAGUCGGACCGCUAUUCUUGGCCCCUCUGUCAGAGGUCUAUGGUCGCUUGCCCGUCUAUCACGUGUGCAAUUUCAUGUUCGUGAUCUGGUCAGUGGGAUGCGCCCUGGCCCCUAACAUUGGCGCCCUGCUGGCAUUCCGCCUUCUGGCCGGUAUUGCUGGUAGUUGCCCCCUCACAAUUGGCGGCGGCUCCAUUGCAGAUCUGAUUAUCCAGGAAAAGAGGGGCAUCGCAAUGGCCCUGUUUGCAUUGGGUCCGCUCCUGGGUCCCGUGGUAGGGCCUGUGGCGGGCGGAUAUUUAGGAGAAGGUGCUGGUUGGCGCUGGGUGUUUUGGCUCAUCACUAUUGCGGGCGGUGCGGCCUUGAUUUUUUCCCUUAUUUUCAUGCGCGAAACCUACGAGCCAGUCCUGCUCCGACGACGUACCAAGCGCCUGCAGAAGGAGACCGGCAAUCUGGCCCUACGGUCGAAGCUCGACAAAGGGAUUUCCAUGCGCCAAUAUUUCUGGCUUGCCAUCAUCCGACCUAGCAAAAUGCUGAUCUUUUCGCCCAUCGUCUUUGUCCUGUCUCUCUACCUGGCGAUCAUCUAUGGCUACCUCUACCUACUGUUCACUACCCUUACGCAAGUCUUUGAAGACAAGUAUGGCUUCAGCCAGGGGGCCGUCGGGCUAAGCUACUUGGGCAUUGGCAUCGGUUCUGUGUUCGGGCUUAUUAUAUUCGGCGCCUUGUCCGACAAGACGGUCAAGAGAAUGUCGGCGAAGGGCGGCAUGAAACCCGAAUAUCGUCUACCACCCUUGAUACCUGGCAGCGCCGUGAUCCCAAUAGGUCUUUUUUGGUAUGGCUGGUCCGCCGAGGCCGGUGUCCACUGGAUCAUGCCCAUCAUCGGCACGGCAUUUGUCGGUCUAGGCAUGUUGGCGACCUUCAUGCCUAUCCAGACUUAUCUGGUCGAUGCCUUCCAUUUGCAUGCGGCUUCGGCACUUGCUGCUAACUCUGUGAUGAGAAGUUUAAUGGGCGCAUUCUUGCCGCUGGCGGGACCCCAGAUGUACAAGACAUUGGGCCUUGGAUGGGGCAAUUCUCUUCUUGCCUUUAUCGCCCUAGCAAUGGCCCCAGUCAGCUGGAUAUUCUUCCGUUAUGGAGAGACGAUUCGGACGCACCCGAGGUUCCAAGUGAAUUUUUGA